UAACGCCAGAACUCUUGUGUUAAAAGUAUUUGCGCAAGGGAGUGCCAGUCUAGAUGCAGCCCCCGAGUAGAAUGACUUAGACCCCUUUCGGGCCAUCCUGAUGGGGUCACUGAAAGAAGCAGCAUUCUCAGCUGUAUUCCCAUUUAUGUGAAGUUGUUGAACUGUUUAUAUAAUGAACUCAGUAAAAUGCAUCCUAGGCAAAUCUCUCUGGCUCCAGGGAAGUCUGGAGACCAAAAGCCAAAUUCCCUGUUGAUGGAGCCCUAUUUUAGCUAGAGUUGAUCAUUGUCAGUGCUGGGUGUAGCUGAAUGGAAGCUGAGCGCUCUGCAGCUUAAGAAAGGACCCGCCCUGUUCAGCACCACUUUAGAAAAGCCAGUGCUGUUCUAGCCACCGUUACUGAAAUGGCGCUGAAUGCAGUUUGCCCAUAGCUACAUUCACAGUUAAGCUGUGUCCUGUGUCCAUGCCCUGGUCAUAGCGUAGACAUGGCUCAAGAAGGCUGCAGGCUCUGUGCUUUCUCUCUCGGCUUGGCUGUUUGUGGCACUUGUCUUCCACUGGCUUUGUUUCUUUUUACCACAGUGCUAACACCAGUCUAACUGUGGCAACAGUGUCAGAAGCUUUAAGUGUGGAGGGGCCACCAGCGUUGUUAAGACUUGUCUGCUGGAUGUACUGUGAGCAGGCUUGUGUGCGAUGGUGUUAAGAUGCCACCGGUGCUGUCUACGCUAGGACUUGCAGUGCUGCUACCUCUGGUGGAACGGAUCACAAAUUGCCACUUGAAAGGGGAGGAUACGAUCUCCUUGAAAGCACAAAUGACGUUAAACAGUAGACCGAGGCCUGAGACAGUGCUUAAGAUGCAGGUGUGAGGUGCCCCAUGAGGGGUUGCAGGUGCUAUGUCCAACCAGAACUCAGCAUGGUGUGACGUUGCAAAUGAAUCUGAUUUUUAUUGUUGUUCCUGGGAAGCAAGCUUUUCACAUAGUCAUUGUAGCUGCAAAGAUUUAACUGCCUCUGACAGUGAAAGUGAUCUUCAUCCUUACGUUGCUACAAAGGAUCAGUGCCAUCCACUGGGAGAAGCGAGGGAAAGAAGCAAAAGAACCAAUGACGUGACAGACGCUCAUCUGGUCUCAGGAAACAGUCAAAGCAUCAGCAAAAAUAACUCUAGGGAAUAUCUUCUAGUACAAGGAAAUAAAUCAGAACGUUCUAGGGGGAGCCCAAAAGGAAAGAUUUCCAAAUCCACCCUCCCUUCUAGUGUUGCCGGGAAUCAGACAGUUGCUCACCAAUCGACACGUUCAGCCAGAGUGCUGCAGUCAAAGUCGGCCUUGUCGUCUCGAAAGGAUUUGCCUUCCCAAAGUGAGCCCCGUCAGCUCUUCAUUACUGAGCAACCAGCCCAGGAGCCAGCCUUUUUCACAAUUCAGAAAGCUUACAUACUCAACAAGCGACAUCGAAAGCACCUGCCUGCUGAUUCUCUGCCAACUUCGAAGUGCAAUAAAGCGGUGCAAGCUUCUCUUGCUUGUCGGGGGGAGGAGCUUGGUGAAUGUAUUGUCUGUGAAUGCUCAAAACAGUCGUCGUUAAAGGAAGAGAGAGACGGAAAACCAUACAAGAAAGCUGCUGUGAUUCAUACCACUGAACGUAUCGCCAGUCGAGAUUUAUCAUCUGGUGAACUGGUGAAUGGACAUGUGCCUUCUACUUUGGAAGCAGUGACUGACAUUCCUGUCAAACGCUAUACGUCCAAGCAUUGGUGUUUGCCCAUUAGUUCCUCAACUCUUGUUAUCUCUCUAGCAUUGGAAGCAGAUUACUCAGUUCCAUCUGUUUCAUUAGCAGGAGCUGGAACAAAAUACAGUAGAUCUGCAAGGGCUAGGAAAGUCAGAAGAGAUGCAGGUGAACCUGCCUUAGCUUUCAAACUCAAAGAACCAGAGCUUAACCAAUAUUUUAACAAAUUGUGUAUUUCUAUAGUUCCAAAACCUGCACACUUAGACACUGACACACAAAAUCAAUUUACGGGGCAGAUAGAACGCCAACAAAUCCCAGGUCCUGAAGCCAGACAGCCUCUGGAAACCCAGACAGAAUCAUCUGAUUCUGACAGUCCUGGAGCUCAGCUAGAACAAGCAUCUUCUAUAUUUAAACCUCGGUCUGCCAAGCAGGUCUUGGUGUCCUCUGAAGAUAGACAGGAUACAGUUUGUCCUUCUGCCUCUUACAGUGUUCAAAAAUUGCCACACAAAAAAGGGAUAUCCAUUAAAGAGCCCUUUGAAGAGCAGGAACAUCAGUUAAAAGUCUCCAGGUCCAUCAGACAUCCUACUGUGCCUCCCAAACCCAGAGAAGCUCAAAGGGGUCUAAGAUUUGUAAGCAAACCCUGCAUCUCUUCCAAUCUUGACAACACAAAGACUUUGGAUAUUGAGCCUUUCAGGCAAAAAUCUGGUCGCUACAAAACUGUGAAAGAAACAGAUAAAUUGAGGACUGUGCCCUUAUCACAAACCAGGAAGUGUCAUUGCAGUCCUCUGUCUAACUUGAGUGUGAACCUGAAUCCAAAGCGGCGAUAUUCUGGCAUUGAGAAAUCCCGAAGCGCUAGCAGAAAACCUCCCAAAAGAGGUGGUGUGACACACCGAUUUUCUGCACAGUCUCUGCUGAGUGAUAGAGACAGCCCGGAGGAGACCCCCUACGUCUCUUCUGCCAAAAGAAAAAAGGAUUCGAAGAUGCAGAGCAUUCUGAACUUUUGUUUUGGGUGGCCUGGGGCACAAAGGAAACAUGAGAGCGCGCCCUAUAAAGGGGAGUUCCCUUCCGCUGCUGCUGAUUUCGAACCAAGAGAGAAAGGUCUUUUGAGCCCUCCUUUACCACUGGAAAGGAGGAGUCUGACUGUCCCAUUUCUCCAAGAUGAAAGAGAGGGGCAAAGUCCCGCAGAUGGGACACUGCAGCCUGAAGACAAUGUGAGUACCUUGGAUUAUCCUUAUCCUGGGCACGUCAGUAAUUUAGUGCAGCCCCCAGAGCAGAGGGGUGUGUUUAAGGCCAGUAAUAAUGUGCCCUUGGAGACACUGGACUCAGAGUCUGCCCCUGUUGCUUUUGGAGACUCCUUCCUGAAGAAACUGAUGUUUUGCAGAUGUGGACAGAUGCCCCAGCAUGGGCUCUUCCCCAAUGGAGAGAUUUUUCAGGCCGUUACUAAGAAAACCAGAAGCAGUCCUGCUACUGGUCUGGGACCCUGCAAGAGCCAAGACCUCGAGCCUGCAAAAGGGUACUGCUGUAGAGAAACCCCAGAGAACGUGCAUGAAACGUACCGGUACAGUAACCAGUCUGCGCUGCCCACUCAUUCAUCUUUGGAAAACAUCCGUAAGCAGGAAGCCACAAGAGGGCACUUCAGGAACACACAGUCUUAUUUUGAGAACAGCGUCCCAGCAAUGCCGGCGGCAGAGGGGCUGCGGCAGGAAGGGAAGCGAAUGGAAAUGGGUGAAUGUGGGACCACCAGAAGUGACAGAGAUGCUACCGCCAUGCAGCAAAUUUGUGCACAUGGCGUGUUUGCUGCAGCACCUGCUGGGGGUGGGGGGAGAGAGAAAACACUGCCGGAGUCCUCCGUAUGUCACCCUCGCUGUUGCCCAUCCCGCCAGCCUGCUGCUGCCCCAAAACUUGACGCAGCCAGUGACUAUUACAGCUGCUUCAAAUCACAGCAGAAGGAGCCCGAGAAUUACUUGAGCAUAGAGAGAGGGUUUGCAGUGGAUCCUUGCCGGGGGAACAGGAACCAAUGCAAAUGUUCGCAAGAACUCCCCCUUCCCUACCUGGAGCAAAGUCUUGUGCAUGAGGAAAGUAGAGUUACGCCUGCAAAGAGAAGUGACCACGACCCAAUUCAGGACUUUCCCCAGAGCUGCUGGGGCUGGCGAAAAGCGGAGGGCCAAGCAGGCUGUCAGGGCAGGUAAAGCUCGGGGUGGCCUGCUGGCGGGAGGGGCGCCGAGUGAAAACCAGGAAGAAGAGCUCCAAGGGGCAGAAGCGAUUAUUUAUCCCAAGACGCAGAGCCUGUCAGACUGACUCUCCAAUAAAGCUGAGACAGUGGCAUGUGAA